UCACGUACCCGUCACAAAUAAUUAUUGAGCGGACCCCAAUGGCUUGAUUUCAACCGCACAAAGUUGGAUACAACCAAACAAAGCGUCGUCGGCAAAACAUCCUCUUCAUUCACACUCCAAAGAUUUCGACCUCAUUUCCUUCAAUUCAUCGAUGGAGACGCAGAAAAAGCUCCGUGUGGUACUCCUCUCGAGCCCCGGCCUGGGCCACCUCAUCCCUGUCAUCGAGCUUGGCAAGUGCCUCGUUGCCGACCACGGCUUCGAGGCGACUGUCUUCGUCCUCCCCCUCCAGGCCUCCCGUGCUGAGGCUGAGAUCAUCGAGUCUGCCAUGACCCCCAAGCUCCUCGACAUCGUGGAGCUCCCACCCCCUGACCUCUCAGCUGCAGGCCUCGACCCGAAUGCAGCCACGGCCACGAGGCUCGUGGUCAUGAUGCGAGAGGCCCGGGCGGCAUUCAGGUCUGUGCUCGCGGCAAUGGAGGCCCGGCCUGAUGUCCUCAUCGUGGACUUGCUUGGGGCGGAGUAUCUGUGCCUUGCCGACGAGUUGGGGAUCCCCAGGUACGUUUUCGUCCCUUCCAAUGCAUGGUUUCUUGCGUUGUUGUUACACUCGCCCACACUAGACAAGGAAACGAAGGGGGAGUACGUGGACCGAACCGAACCACUCGAGAUCCCAGGUUGCAAGCCGCUCCGACCAGAGGACGUGGUGGACGCGAUGCUGGACCGGUCUGACCAGCAGUACCACGAGUACGUGCAGGGGGCUGGCAAGAUCCCAACGGGAGAUGGAAUCUUGUUGAAUGUGUGGGAGGAUUUGCAGGCCGAGACGCUGGCUUCGCUGAGGAAUGAAGAGUUCUUGGGACGGGUUGUGAACGGUCCGGUAUAUACGGUUGGGCCGCUCACUAGACCGGUCAGACCGGUCGGUUUGGGGAAGGAGCUGCUGGAAUGGCUGGAUAAGCAGCCGAGCGAGUCGGUGAUGUUCGUCUCGUUCGGAAGUGGAGGGACAGUGUCGGCUGAGCAGCUGGUCGAGCUAGCUUGGGGAUUGGAGCUGAGCCAACAAAGGUUUAUAUGGGUACUUCGACAACCAAUUGUCAAAUCUCUUGAUGGAUCAUUUUUUGAUGUGGGAAAGGGUGAUGCCGGCGAUGAGGUUUUGAGCUUUUUGCCGAGUGGAUUCACAACACAUACCCAUGGCAUCGGAUUUAUACUCCCAUCAUGGGCCUCACAAGUGGAAAUCUUGAGUCAUCCAUCCGUAGGCGGCUUCCUAUCUCAUUGUGGAUGGAACUCAACCCUAGAGAGCAUAGUGAAUGGAGUGCCCAUGAUUGCCUGGCCACUAUAUGCCGAGCAAAGGCUAAAUGCAACGCUUCUCACUGAGGAGAUUGGGGUGGCGGUGCGGCCAAAGGUGUUGCCAUCGAAGAAGAUUGUGGGAAGGGAGGAGAUAGAGAAGUUGGUGAGGACAGUAAUGGUGGAGAAAGAAGGGCAUACGUUAAGAGUUAGAGUCAGAGAUCUCAAGAGUAGCGCACAAAAGGCUGUGGCAAGAGGUGGUAGUUCCUACGAGUCUCUUUGUAAGAUGAAGGAAGAUUGCCAAAUGGGGAUCCACCAUAUUAAGAAGUCUCAUUAAGUGGUUGCUUAUAUGUGUGAAAUUAGUAUAAUGGAUGUAAUAAUUCAGAUUCAUAGUACAAUACUUGAAUUGGCAAAUAUCUUUAUCUUAGUACGUGAA